CGCUUGUUUUUGUAGCGAGUUCUGGCAACGCGGAUUGAGUCUGUUUGUUGUCUUCCUGUGUGCCAACCCGCGGAUUUUUUGAACAUAACAAUCAAAAAUCCACAAAAGUAGCUAAGGAGGCUUCUCGAAUGAUACACUUCUAAGAAGACCAUGAUGUCCGUUACUGAUCCAAACAUGGGUAACAGGUUCGCCAGUGACAUGGAGGAGAGUCACACUAAACACCUGAAGACAUAUGGGGAGAUAUUCGACACCACUGCUGAGUUAUGUCAGGCCCACAAACAGUUUGUCAAGUCUGCGCUCGAUACGUGUUUGAAGAAAUGCAAGGAUGACGAGAUGCUCUUUGAGACUAUACAGGUGUACAAAAAAGACUUGGAAUUGAAGAAUACGUCAUUUAAGGAGAAACGCCACACAAUUUCUGAAGUGAUUUCUGAGAUUCAGCAGAAGGAUCUGCAGAAAGGUGACAUUAUCCAGAAGAUCGAAAAACUCAGAGAUGAACAGGCCAAGAGAAAAGAGCUAAUUGAGGUUAAGCAUAAAGCAAACAAAGGCAGACUGAAGAAUCUCCAGAAAGCCCGGCUCAUCUUUCAGGAUCACUUGGGGUUGGAAAUAAGAACCAUCCGUGACAAAAGCCAACUUCAUCAAGGUGAAAAGCUGCAGUUUGUUUUUCGAAACAUCAAUCCUGCGGAUGAAGAUUGUGCCUAUGUUGUCAUGAUGGGUAUCAAAGAGGACAGAUCAUACCAGAUUAUGUCCAGUGAUCCUGAGCUUGAAUGCCUGCAGGAGUUGGAAAAGCACCUCAUGGAGACUAAUAACCUGGCAGCCUUCCUGGUUAAUGUGAGGAAGGAGUUUAUCUCACAGGUGCGCUGCUGAAGUUACACCUGUAGAGUAGAACAGAAGAUCUGUUAUCACCCCUGUAUUCUGUUAGUCUCUUUACCUAUGGUGCAUUCAGAAAGUAUUCACAGUGCUUCACUUUUUCCACAUUUUGUUAUGUUACAGCCUUAUCCCUAAAUUGAGUAAAUUCACUUUUUCCCCUCAAUGCUCUGCUCACAACACCCCAUAAUG